CCCCGCUGCGUCUUCCCAGCCGCAGGCGCAGGCCCAGCCGAGCGGCCGCCGAGCGGGUGCGGGUGCGGGUGCGGGUGCGGGCGCACCGGCCAUCACCGCGCGGCCGCGCAGCGGACACCGUGCUCACCGGCCUGCGGCGCACCGCCACCGGGGCGGACCGCCGAACCCGAGGCCAUGUCCCAUGAAAAGAGUUUUUUGGUGUCUGGGGACAACUAUCCUCCCCCCAACCCUGGAUAUCCGGGGGGGCCCCAGCCACCCAUGCCCCCCUAUGCUCAGCCUCCCUACCCUGGGGCCCCUUACCCGCAGCCCCCUUUCCAGCCCUCACCCUACGGUCAGCCAGGGUACCCCCAUGGCCCCAGCCCCUACCCCCAAGGGGGCUACCCACAGGGCCCCUACCCCCAAGGGGCCUACCCACAGGGCCCCUACCCACAAGAGGGCUACCCACAGGGCCCCUACCCCCAAGGGGGCUACCCCCAGGGGCCAUAUCCCCAGAGCCCCUUUCCCCCCAACCCCUAUGGACAGCCACAGGCCUUCCCAGGACAAGACCCUGACUCACCCCAGCAUGGAAACUACCAGGAGGAGGGUCCCCCAUCCUACUAUGACAACCAGGACUUCCCUGCCACCAACUGGGAUGACAAGAGCAUCCGACAGGCCUUCAUCCGCAAGGUGUUCCUGGUGCUGACCCUGCAGCUGUCGGUGACCCUGUCCACGGUGUCUGUGUUCACUUUUGUUGGGGAGGUGAAGGGCUUUGUCCGGGAGAACGUCUGGACCUACUAUGUCUCCUAUGCUGUCUUCUUCAUCUCCCUCAUCGUCCUCAGCUGUUGUGGGGACUUUCGGCGAAAGCACCCCUGGAACCUUGUUGCACUGUCGGUCCUGACCGCCAGCCUGUCGUACAUGGUGGGGAUGAUCGCCAGCUUCUACAACACCGAGGCAGUCAUCAUGGCCGUGGGCAUCACCACAGCCGUCUGCUUCACGGUCGUCAUCUUCUCCAUGCAGACCCGCUACGACUUCACCUCGUGCAUGGGUGUGCUCCUGGUGAGCAUGGUGGUGCUCUUCAUCUUCGCCAUCCUCUGCAUCUUCAUCCGGAACCGCAUCCUGGAGAUUGUGUACGCCUCGCUGGGCGCUCUGCUCUUCACCUGCUUCCUGGCAGUGGACACCCAGCUGCUGUUGGGGAACAAGCAGCUGUCCCUGAGCCCGGAAGAGUACGUGUUUGCCGCGCUGAACCUGUACACAGACAUCAUCAACAUCUUCCUGUACAUCCUCACCAUCAUUGGCCGCGCCAAGGAGUAGCCCAGCUCCAGCUCUCUGUGCCCGCUCAGGUGGCAUGGCUGGCCUGGACCCUGCCCCUGGCACGGCAGUGCCAGCUGUCCUUCCCCUCUCUCUUGUCCCCAGGCACAGCCUGGGGCAGAGGACGCCCCUCUCCAACCCUCCCAUAUGUACACUGCAGAUACUUCUGUUUGGACCCGCUGUGGCCACAGCAUGGCCCCUUUAGUCCUCCCGCCCCGCCAGGGGACAACAAGGCCACGUUUCUGUGCCACCUCCUGUCUACUCAUUGUUGCAUGAGCCCUGUCUGCCAGCCCACCCCAGGGACUGGGGGCAGCACCAGGUCCCGGGGAGAGGGAUUGAGCCAAGAGGUGAGGGUGCACGUCUUCCCUCCUGUCCCAGCUCCCCAGCCUGGCGUAGAGCACCCCUCCCCCCCACCCUGGAGUGCUGCCCUCUGGGGACAUGCAGAGUGGGGUCUUAUCCCUGUGCUGAGCCCUGAGGGCAGAGAGGACGGCAUGUUUCAGGGGAGGGGGAAGCCUUCCUCUCAAUCUGCUGUCAGUGAAAUUCCAAUAAAUGGGAUUUGCUCUCUGCC